AUGGCGGCGACCACCACCGGCCCCCGCGCCGGGGACGGACGGGAGCCCUGCGGCGGCUCCGGAAGCCGAGCCGGCACCACAAAGUGCAGGAGGCAGGACAAAGCGCAGGAGGAAGGAUGCCCCGGGCGCUGUUACUGUCCCCUGCAGUCGGAACGCUCCAGCUGCAAAACAGCGCCGGGCAGUGUCCGGCCUGAGGCGAAGCCCCGCCCCUCACUCCACCACCCAAUCCCAAGUGACGCCCGCCCACCCAGCGCGACGGGGAAGUGCGAGCCAGGCCUGGCCGCCAUAUUCUCCUUCCUGGUUGUGCUGCGCGGCUGCUCCCGGUAUCUGCGGCCGUUCUUUGCCUGUGAGCUUUCCCCCGCGGAGGACGCCCCGGCUCCUCGGCCGCUGCAAAGCCGUGAGCAUAGCCCUGGAGCCCACUUCAUGCUCCCAAGGCCAGAGAAGAUGGACACACCUUCAGUGUUGGUGUCAUUUGAAGAUGUGUUUGUGGAGUUCACCCAGGAGGAAUGGCAGGACAUGGACAAUGCUCAGAGGACCCUGUACAGGGAUGUCAUGCUUGAGACCUUCAGCAGUCUGCUGUCCUUGGGUUACUGUAUCACCAAGCCCGAUGUGAUCUUCAAGUUGGAGCAAGGGGCAGUGCCAUGGACAGUGACAAAACCCGUAAGCCAGAGAGUUUCAGGUUCUGAAAAGCCAUUUCUGCACAUAACAGUGCCAGAGAAGAUUGGAGCAAGCAUCCCCCAAGGUCAUGCUUCAGAAGCACAGGUUACCUACAUUCUCAAGAUUGGGGAUGAAUUGCACACUCUUCUUCUUGAAAAACAGUCAUUUUUACCACCUUAUUUCAUGGUAUAUUCAUACGACAAAUUAGGAACACGGAAUAUGGUUUUUUCACAAAAACUGGAUCACUGCUUUUACCAAGGGCAUAGUAAAGAGUUUCCCAGAUCAUCGGUGACACUAAACAUCUGCUCUGGACUCAGGGGAGUGUUACAGUUUGAGAAUGUCAGCUAUGGGAUUGAACCAGUGGAAUCUUCAGGUAGUAACGAACAUAUCGUUUUUCAAACAAAGAAUCAUGAAACUGGUUAUUCGCCUUUACAAGAAUAUGAAAACAUGACUCAAAGUAUAAGCAAGUCCUACAAGAUUCUGGUCAAAUCAGAGAAACUGUCAGAUGUUGCCCUACAGAAAAGUACUCUGAAAAUUCAGAUCAUUAUGGAUAAAGCCAUGUAUAAUUUUUUGGGCUCUGAAGCAGACCUGGCUACUGAAAAAGUUGUUCGUAUAUUUGCUCUUGUUAAUUCUAUAUUUUCUCAAUUAAAAACAACUAUAUUGCUGACUUCUCUGGAGCUCUGGUCAGAAGAAAAUAAGAUUUCAACAAAGGGAACUGCUGAGGAAAUAUUACAAAGAUUCCUGUCAUGGAAAAAGGCAAAUAUACUUCAAAGUCCCAAUGAAAUGUCCUAUUUAUUAAUUUACAGAGACCAAGCUGACUUUGUGGGAACAACAUAUUAUAGAACGGCAUGCGAUCCAAAGUUUGCUGUAGGAGUUGUCCUGUAUCCAAUGAAGAUUUCUUUGGAGGCAUUUUCUGUUGCUGUGGUUCAAUUGCUUGGAAUCAAUCUGGGAUUAACAUACGAUGUCAUGUCUAAUUGCUACUGUCCUGGAACUGUGUGCCUAAUGAAUCCUGAAGCAAUACAAUCCAGUGGUGUGAAGCAUUUUAGCAGUUGCAGCAUGGAAGAUUUUCAGCAGUCAAGAUCACAGCCUGCAUUGGAAUGUCUUCAGAAUGAAAAACCUCCAGUAGUGGAUUACCAAAAACACUCUUCAACUUGUGGCAAUGGUGUUUUGGAAGGAAACGAGGAAUGUGACUGUGGCAUUCCAGAGGCGUGCACUCACAAAAAGUGUUGCAGUGCUUUGGAUUGUAAGCUGAUUGGGUUUGCGCAGUGUGGUAGUGGAAAGUGCUGUGAUAAAAAAACUUGCACGAUACUCAAGAGAGGAAGACUAUGUAGGAGAAGCUCUGAUCCGUGUGAUUUUCCAGAAUUCUGCAAUGGGACAUCUGCAUAUUGUGUCCCUGAUGUGAAAUCAGCUGACUUGGAACCAUGCAACAAUAACAGUGCCUACUGUUUUCAAGGAAGAUGUCGAGAUCGAGACAGGCAAUGUGCAGAACUCUUUGGAGAAUUUUCCAAGGGUGGCAAUUAUCUGUGUGUUGAAGAAGUGAAUUUUCUAGGUGACAGAUUUGGAAACUGUAAGACCAAAUGCAACUUUAAUCACGUUCUUUGUGGAAAGCUAAUAUGCAAGUGGUCAAAAUCAUCCAUAGCGGUAAAGAAAGAUUAUGACAUACAAUACAUGUAUCUUGGAGGCCAGAUCUGUAUAUCUGCAAAGUUAAGACAAGUUCAAAGCUAUGAUGACACAUAUGUGGAAGACGGUUCUAUAUGUGGUGACAACAGAAUGUGUUACAAAGGAAAUUGCUCGCCCACCAACAUAUUUCCAUUGAAAUCCGGUUGUAACUCAAAAGAGAUGUGUAACGGGCAUGGAGUUUGCAAUGAUCGUCUUAAUUGUCACUGUGAUGCUGGAUAUUCUCCUCCUCAUUGUGAGGCAACAAAACAUUCACCAGGAGGGAGUAUUGAUGAUGGAUUUUGGAACUAUCCAGGUAAGGGAUUUUCCUUGCCAGAAGAAUAUCAGCGUUCUGGACCAAAGAAAGGCCUUUUAUUCAGUUUAUACAUUUAUCUACCACUCUUUGUUAUAAUUGGUGUCAUUGCUCUGAAGUGGAAUAAAUUGAAGAAAUUUUGGCACAGAGAAGAACCUUUAAGUGAAGGAUCAUUAACAGAAGAAAGUAGUGGUAACAGCACUGAGUCGUGGAAUUAAAGUCACUAAGCCAUAACAUCAGAAACAAUAGACUGGAGGAAGGAUAUGACCAAGAAACACUGCUAACUGCUUUGACUCAAGAAUGAAAAACUGUGUCUGGCUUGGCUUUCCUUUAGUUGUGACUUUCAGGUUUCGCUUUCACCAAAGAAAAUAAAUCCUGUGACUGUGA